ACGUGAAAUACUGAACUCUUCGGACUCUUAUUAUUACAAUAACUCAUACCUUCAUGGAACCUAGACACGAAUCUUGAAAACGGUUCUAAUGAUUUUUCUAGGAAUUGACAGUAGUUAAACAUCUUUGGGAAAAGAAUUGCUAGCUAGUUGACUACACUGGGGGAACUCUUAGUUUGACCGUUAUAAUUCUUCAACGUAAAAAAAUACAUUCAAAUUUGGCAAGAGAACGAGAAAAUAUUUCUCUUGAAAUAAAUAUAGGCUUAUGUCUUCUGGUAUUUUUGCAUGUAUCGAAGCUUCAAACAAAAUUUCUCAAUAUGAAAAAUGUUCUCACAAGAGUCUCGACUCUCUGAAUCUAACACUCGAAUCAGAAAGUCUAUUUCAGUGUGCAAGACAAUGUUCGAGUAUUGAUUUGAUUUGUAAGACCUUCUCCUACAGCUCUGCUACCAACGAGUGUAGUCUUGGAACUUGUGUAACUACUAAGCCUACUAAUGACACAAAUGACAACAGUGUAGACAUUUACGUGUCAUCGAAUGUACCAAAAUGUGAUGAAGUGGAUGGAUUCACUGUCAUGUCUUAUGGCCUGGUCAAUGCUUGCGUCUGGUUCUCAAACUAUACUACAAAUUACGACAACGCCUCCAAAGCCUGUAUAUCUAAAGGUGCGAUACUUUACACUGUCAAGCAAAUAGGGAAACUUUAUAUCUUGCAAAGAUUCAAAGAGAAAUACUGGAUAGGACUUACCUACAGAGUCAACGAAAAACUCUACAGAUGGUCUGAUGGUGCCUUAUUUCCAAAUACUAGUUACUGGAAAGAUAUUUUUUCCUCUGGUGAACCAAAUUAUCCAGGCUAUGAGAACUGUGUACAGUACUACAUUAUGGGGUCUCAAACACUAAAUGACAUAAUAUGUAACACCUUGUUAAAAUAUGUUUGUGAGAUUCCCUGUUUUGUGGAGAAAUAAAGGCAAAUGAAAGUAGAUAUU